CCGCAGGGGGGGUGUCUGCUCCCGUCAAGAAAUCUUCCUCGGGGCAAAACAUAGAAGUCGCCCAACCAGUGACAUCCGCUCCAGCCGCUGCACCCCCAUCGGCUCCCAAAGACGUGCUGGAGGCUUUAGAGCAGAGACGAGCCAAGUACUCAGAGGCGUCCAAUCAGGCCAAAGCAGCCGGAGACGACCGCAAGGCCCGAAUGCACGACCGCAUCGCCAAGCAAUACCAGAGUGCCAUCAGAUCUCACAAAGCAGGGAAAGCGGUCAACUUUGAGGAGCUGCCGGUUCCUCCUGGUUUUCCUCCCAUCCCGGGUCAGAAGGCAGCGGGAGCAGAUCAGGGAUUAAUCGCUGCUCUGGAUGCAGCUGAUAAAAUAGCCUCCACUGAUGUGACUGAAAUAGCUGAUGAAGAUGAAGAAGGGGAGAAGGAAGAGGAGACUAAGCGUGCAGAACACCCGAAGAAGCUGAUGUUGGACAUCCCCGCCGCAGCGCAGGAACGCAGGAAGACUCCGACUUCCCCCGAAGGACCAGCCGCCGGGGAGGGACUCUCAGCGACAGGUCAGUCCCCGAAGGGAAACACAGAUCCGCCUCUUGGGAAGUAUUUAAUAACUUUGAAGAUUAAAAACAUGAGAUAUAUUCUAG